AUGUCGUGUUCAAACCCAUCGCUGCCACACGCAUUGCUGGCGAUCUGUCCCAGCCGCACGUUGCCUCGCGUUUUCCAGCGACGCAAUGAGCCUCCCAGCAACGCCUGCUUCAUGUUCAUGCAACCCCGUGCAGCACAUCGACGCCCAAUCAUUGUUUGCGUGCCGCCCUUUGCCCGUCACCACUGGGCGCGCACGGGCGCGGUCGGGGCUGCGGCUGCCAGGCCGCGGGUGGCGUUGGGCGCGUCUAAGGGCCGGUUGUUGGCUGCUGGCGUCGCCUGGGCGUGCAGGCAUGCUACCGGGACGUGUUGGGGCUGUGGGUGGUGCGAGGAGUUACGCAGGCGAUACUGGGACUCACGGUGGUGGUUCGGAGAGACGUGCGGGGCGAUACUAGGCGACGGCUACAACAUAGGCAGCUGCUGCGGGUCUCAGCACCACAUUGCGGGCCUUCGCACGCGCACGCGCCACUGCUGCGCGUCGCGUGCGGCAUUCCUGCCCACGUGCUGGAUGCCUGCCAAUAGCGUUGGCUUCGGCCUGAGGCCACCAGCAGCUGCAAAUCUCGACUGA